AUGUCCAUUCUUGACAAGAAUCAUCAAUGGGACUGUUCGUCGAUCCCAGGAAUCCACGAAUUCGAGGGACAUAAGGUCCACUCCGCCUCAUGGGACAAUACCUACGAUUACAGCUACAAACGCAUUGGAAUCAUUGGUAACGGGUCAUCAAGCAUCCAGUUCCUGCCAGAAAUGGUCAAAUUGGAAGGCACAACAGUUGUGAGCUUCCAGAGCGGCCCAACUUACAUCACAUCAUCAAUAGGCGAGAUCCUCGGCGUGAACGCCGGAGAACUGGGAGUCAAUACCGUGGAAACAAACAUGGAGAACGCGAGUGGACAUAAUAGCACGGAGGAAAUGGAAGACGAUGAUGGAGACGCUGACAGUACCUUUAAACCCAAGGUAUCCAAGGCAAGUAUUCAAACAGGAGCAGCCUUCUACUUGCUCGACGUCAUUGUUUGUGCGACUGGCUUUGAUGUCUCCUACAUUCCACGGUACCCUGUUACGGGCCGCAAUAAUGUUACACUCGCAUCCAAAUGGGCUGAAGAGCCAGAGUCAUAUCUCAGCCUUGCCUGUCCUGGCAUGUCGAAUUACUUCAUCUUCACUGGCACUAACACGACUGUCAGUCACGGCACACUUCUCCUUUCGAUUUCAUGGACAGCCGACUAUGUUCUCCGGUGGCUGAAGAGAAUGGCUUCCGACGACAACAAGUCUGUGGCACCUAGUCAGGACGCAACCGACGAAAGUGCGCUAUUGUAUCGCGAACUCAUGAUUGCAGAACUGAGGGAUGAAGACUUAAACAUUCGCUAUAACAACGGCAAUCGCUGGCGGGGAGUCCUGGACAAUGGUUUCACCGAGCUGGAGGAGCAUGCUGCAAACGUUGCGGCGAGAGGUGAACAGGUCGACCCGGCGUUUUAUGUUCAGAAUUGA